AUGUCAGUGAUGUCUUUAGUACCAAAGCGACCCAGCAUUGUGUCCUUGGUUGCAGCCAAACAAUUACGGUGUCAAGUUUCAACAUCGACUACGACACCUCGCACACACCGGCCUCGAGAUGCCAUCAUUUCACAGCCAUCUCCAUCACCAAAGAAGGCGCCUCUCUCAGCUUUGCCAACAGGAACACUUCUUCGCUCGCUUGUGUUCACAUCCAUCAUGUCCUCUCUCUUACUGAACCCUUGUCUAGCAAUGAUGAAAUACGUGGUGGAUUCCAAGUCUCCCCUCCUCAAUCCAUCAAAGAACCCGCUGAUAGAUUAUCUCCUCCGAAAAGCUAUCUACAAUCAGUUCUGUGCAGGUACAAACGAAGCUGAAGUGCGCAAGACCGUUCAGGAUAUGAAGAGCCUAGGAUUCAAGGGUGUUAUCCUCGGAUACGCCAGAGAGUCAAUUGCUAAGGCGGACGAAAACGACAACAGUAGCUUUCACGUUGAGAAAAGUCAACAAGCAAUUCAAGACCAAGCAGUGGAGGAAUGGAGACAAGGAAACCUACGGACACUGAAGAUGAUUGGCGCAGGGGACUUUCUCGGAAUCAAAUUCACCGGCGCAGGCCCCAAAGCCGUUGAAACCCUUUCUCGCGGCGACCUCGUUCCACCUCCCUCUAUCGCACAAGCUAUUGAAGAGAUCUGCGAGGCCACAGCAUCCCAAAACUCCCGCCUUUGGAUCGACGCAGAACAGCAAGUCUUCCAGCCAACAAUCGACGCCUGGACGAUUGACCUCAUGCGGAGAUUCAACCGAGACGGGAGGAUAGUCGUCUACAACACUAUCCAGGCGUAUCUAAAAUCCUCGACCGAGAAUGUCCAUCGGCACCUUUGCCUAGCUCAAAAGGAAGGAUGGACAUUGGGGAUCAAGCUUGUCCGCGGGGCCUACAUCGCCCAUGAUAUCAGAUCCCGGAUACACGAUACUAAGACAGAUACGGAUAACAGCUACGACUACAUCGUUGAGGGUCUUUUAUCACAAAAGUUUCCACUUAAAACAGCGUCUGAUAAUGCGUCAGCGUUUCCGGACGUACGGUUGUUCGUGGCCUCUCAUAACGCAGAAAGCGUGCGCAAGGCGUCGACACUGUAUAGACAGAGGAUUCAUGAUGGUCAACCCACGAUUCCACUUGAAAUUGGCCAGUUGCAUGGAAUGGCGGAUGAAGUGAGCUGUGACUUGUUAACUGAGAAUAAUACAGGUCAGUCGGAGACACCUACACCUGGAGUAUUCAAGUGUCUGGCUUGGGGGACAACGGAAGAAUGUCUCCAUUUCCUGUUGCGAAGAGCGAUUGAGAAUAAAUCGGCCAUGGAGAGGACCAAAGACACAGCAGUAGCGAUGCGACGGGAAGCCCGGAGGAGACUUGGGUGGUGAGACAUCAGUAUGCAAGGAGCGCUUCUGUUUGUCAGGAUUCAUUUGGUGGAUGAAUACAAAAUGCGUAUAUAUUGUUUAUCUGCACGCCACAUAGACAUGGACUAAGCGUCCACUAAUCACGCUGCGACAAUACAGUCAAGUUACCUGUCACGCGGGCUUCUCUCAGUAACACAAAAUGCGGGGAAUUGCUCAUACUUCCUUCUUUUGGCCAUCGGCAGCUGUGCCCG